AUGAUCACCACUCCCACCUUCGCCGAAAUGGAGGACACGGCUCGCGCAGUCAUCCUCUGCCUCAAGAAAUGCCCUGAUCUCGCCCAUACCAAGGUGGCCAUCAUCGGAGGCGCUGCCAUCUGCAGAUACGUUGCUGAGCGGAAGCCAACUGAUGACCCAGAGGACGUCGACUUCAUGAUCACCAUCCCCAACGCGGAGGUGGCGCACCGCAGACUGCUGCAGGCCUUCGACACCAUGUUUACUGAGUACGAGGGCUGUCUGUACUAUUCUCACCCAGGCGGAAAGCAGAUUAAGGUUGACUUCAGCACCAACUGCCGCCUGCCCUACAUGCCCAUGGCAGCAACCAUUGUGCGAGACGUCGACAUCGACUGUCUCCCCUACAUCGGGCCGACCGACCUGCUGGUGCUGUCCAUCCGCCUCUGCGGCCAGCGUAACAGUGAGUACUCCCACAUCGACCGCGACUCUGCCGACGCGGUAGCCCUGGCCGAGACCAUCGUCAAGGAAGGACCUGUUGUCCUGUCUCCCAUCCAGCGCCAGGUCGUCCGUGAGGAGCUGGCUGAAGUCGUUCACUGGGGCCCCAAGGACGAGACCUGGUGGAGAGGCGUGCUUGCUGCUGCCUUGAGCUCCAAGGACAAAUGAAAUGAUUCCCGCUUAACCAGUUGCGUGGUCCAUGGUAUCUUAUGCCGCUUGACAAGCUCAUAUGGAUGUCUUCUUUCUUCUCAUCAAUCACUUUUAAUGAGUUUUCCUUUACCUGGUCCAGUUUUAGGGGGUUAUCAUGGUAGUUAUCUAGUGAGAUGGUUAGUUCAACUGAAGGAGCAGACAUGAGGAUAAUGCAAUGUGCAUUUGUUUUCAGAUUACUCAUCUCACUUGUCGACAAGCUAGUUAUCAUACAAGGGUCUCGAUGGGGGUGUCGAUGGAUCGUCAGGAGAAACGGCGAGAUCGACUUUGAUGUAUCAGAAGCUGAUAUUGUAUGUGUAUCUAGCUGACGUCCCUGAUAUAAACAUGUUUGAUGUUGCGGGUAAACAAGUCGCCAGCCACCUGUUAGACAAGACUCCCUCAGCUAUUCUAGGUUGCAGAUCACCGUCCUGUGCAUGUUUUAUGCCGUGUUUCAUCGAUGUCGCUGUCGCUUCGUCGUUUUCUUCGUCUUUCUAACAAAACUUCCGUAUACUGUGACUAAGAUCUUAGUAAUCAAAGGUGACUUCUUAGUCAUCUAUUACUAAUCAGCGCGUCUCCCCGCGAGUUUUCGCGACGUCGAAUUUAAUUGAAAAAGAAGAAAAACGCAGAAAAGACAUCAAAAGAGACC